CCCAAUCCACUUUCCACCUCCCACCCUUGUUCUUUUAAGGAUAUAGUGUAGAUUUGUUAGAAAUAAUAGUACCUUCUUUCCCCUACCCCAAACCGCUACCUGUUUCUUCCUUGCUUUGGACUGUCUGAACCUCUAGAAGAUUUCACAGCAAUGCUGGACUGCAGUGACUAUGUUCUAGACUCAAGAAUGAACAAUCCGUCAGAAACCAGUAAACCAUCUAUGGAGAGUGGAGAUGGCAACACAGGCACACAAACCAAUGGUCUGGACUUUCAGAAGCAGCCUGUGCCUGUUGGAGGAGCAAUCUCAACAGCCCAGGCCCAGGCUUUCCUUGGACAUCUCCAUCAGGUCCAGCUCGCUGGAACAAGUUUACAGGCUGCUGCUCAGUCUUUAAAUGUACAGUCUAAAUCUAAUGAAGAAUCGGGGGAUUCACAGCAGCCAAGCCAGCCUUCCCAGCAGCCUUCAGUGCAGGCAGCCAUUCCCCAGACCCAGCUCAUGCUGGCUGGAGGACAGAUAACUGGGCUGACUUUGACGCCAGCCCAGCAACAGUUAUUACUACAGCAGGCACAGGCACAGGCACAGCUGCUGGCUGCUGCAGUGCAACAGCAUUCCGCCAGCCAACAGCACAGUGCUGCUGGGGCCACCAUCUCAGCCUCCGCCGCCACGCCCAUGACUCAGAUCCCCCUGUCUCAGCCCAUCCAGAUCGCACAGGAUCUGCAACAACUGCAACAACUUCAGCAGCAGAAUCUCAACCUGCAACAGUUUGUGUUGGUACAUCCAACCACCAACCUGCAACCAGCGCAGUUUAUCAUCUCACAGACGCCCCAGGGCCAGCAGGGUCUCCUGCAAGCGCAAAAUCUUUUAACGCAACUACCUCAGCAAAGCCAAGCCAACCUCCUACAGUCGCAGCCAAGCAUCACCCUCACCUCCCAGCCAGCCACCCCAACACGCACAAUAGCAGCAACCCCAAUUCAGACACUUCCACAGAGCCAGUCAACACCAAAGCGAAUUGAUACUCCCAGCUUGGAGGAGCCCAGUGACCUUGAGGAGCUUGAGCAAUUUGCCAAGACCUUCAAACAAAGACGAAUCAAACUUGGAUUCACUCAGGGCGAUGUUGGGCUCGCUAUGGGUAAACUGUAUGGAAAUGACUUCAGCCAAACUACCAUCUCUCGUUUUGAAGCCUUGAACCUCAGCUUUAAGAACAUGUGCAAGUUAAAGCCACUUUUGGAGAAGUGGCUAAAUGAUGCAGAGAACCUCUCAUCUGAUUCGGCUCUCUCCAGCCCAAGUGCCCUGAAUUCUCCAGGGAUGGGAAUUGAGGGCUUGAACCGUAGGAGGAAGAAACGCACCAGCAUAGAGACCAACAUCCGUGUGGCCUUAGAGAAGAGUUUCUUGGAGAAUCAAAAGCCUACCUCGGAAGAGAUCACCAUGAUUGCUGAUCAACUUAAUAUGGAAAAGGAGGUGAUACGUGUUUGGUUUUGUAACCGCCGCCAGAAAGAAAAAAGAAUCAACCCACCGAGCAGUGGUGGGACCAGCAGCUCACCUAUCAAAGCAAUUUUCCCCAGCCCGACCUCACUGGUGGCAACCACGCCAAGCCUUGUGACAAGCAGCGCAGCAACUACCCUCACAGUCAAUCCAGUCCUUCCUUUAACCAGUGCUGCGGUAACUAAUCUCUCUGUUACAGGCACUACAGACACCACCUCCAACAACACUGCAGCCGUGAUUUCCACAGCGCCUCCAGCUUCCUCAGCAGUCACUUCCCCUUCUCUGAGUCCCUCCCCCUCUGCCUCAGCCUCCACCUCUGAGGCAUCCAGUGCCAGUGAGACCAGCACAACACACACCACCUCCACUCCUUUGUCCUCUCCUCUUGGGACCAGCCAGGUGAUGGUGACAGCAUCAGGGUUGCAGACAGCAGCAGCUGCUGCCCUCCAAGGAGCUGCACAGUUGCCAGCAAAUGCCAGUCUUGCUGCCAUGGCUGCGGCUGCAGGACUAAACCCAGGCCUGAUGGCACCCUCACAGUUUGCAGCUGGAGGUGCCUUACUCAGUCUCAAUCCAGGGACCCUGGGUGGUGCUCUCAGCCCAGCUCUGAUGAGCAACAGUACACUGGCAACUAUUCAAGCUCUUGCUUCUGGUGGCUCUCUUCCAAUAACGUCACUGGAUGCAACUGGGAACCUGGUAUUUGCCAAUGCGGGAGGAGCCCCCAACAUCGUGACUGCCCCUCUGUUCCUGAACCCUCAGAACCUCUCUCUGCUCACCAGCAACCCAGUUAGCUUGGUCUCUGCCGCUGCAGCCUCUGCAGGGAAUACUGGACCUGUAGCCAGCCUCCAUGCCACCUCCACCUCAGCUGAGCCCCUCCAGACCUCUCUCUUCACAGCGGCCUCUGCCAGCGGGGCUGCCUCCACCACCACCGCCUCCAAGGCACAGUGAGCUGGGCUGAGUGACGCCGCCAGCCCCCUUCUUCACUCCGAGUGCAACUGGCUGCCAGCCUGGCUGAGACUGAAACACGUGAUGGGCUUCCUCUUGCCGUGUUGCAAGGGCAAGGGAGAGGAGGGAGAGAAGAAAAAACACAUGCCGGAAAAAAAAGAUGGAAAUGGGACAACAUUUGCCUAAUUUUGUAAUAAAACACUGUCUUUUCAGGAUUGCUUCAUGGAUUGGAGAACUUUCUAACCAAAAAUUUUAAAAAAAACAAAAAAAAAAGGCAGAAACAAAAAAUCAAAAACAAACAAACAAAAAAAUAAGUGAAAGGACUACUUAUCAUUUCCAGCAGUCAUGAUGACGAGUUAAGGUGGGUUACCAAUUCCAAUAUAGGAAGGGGAUUUCUUGUUUGUCUAAAUUUCUUUUUUUCUUAAAAAAAAAAUCAUUUUUAUGGGUCUGUUGUACAGGCCAUUAAGUCAUAACAAGGUGUUUAUAAUCGUAUCAAUUGUGUUGGGGGUUCCUUUCUUAACUGGUACAAUUUAGGCAGGCCUGUAUUACUGUAUCUCUAUUGUUAUUGUUGUUGUUGUUGUUAUUGUUUUUUAUAUAUAUAUAUAGUUUGGACAUGUUUAUCUCUUGCUCCUGGAUCCUAUUUCAGUGAGCUCCCACACUGUGGGGCGGGAGGGUUUUAGGGUAAGGGGGACUUAACGUUCUUAAUUGCGGGGAAUGUUCUUGCUGGUUUCCUUAUCCUUGAUGACUCUUACAGAGGUGCUAGAAAAUUAUUUUCUUUUGCCACUUAUGCAAGAGGCUUGGUGCAGAAGCUGAAGGCAGUGUGUGCAAACACUCCCACUCCACACACGCCCCCUCCCCCCCAUCAGGUGGUGCCUUUGGAGCACUUUUGCGUAGGAAGGAAUUCCUGCUGAACUGUAGCUCUCACUCACCCCAAAUCAUUGAAUGACCUGAGGCCCAGAUCCUGUGGUGCAACAGUGCUGCUUUCUGCUACUUUCAACAGGAAUGGCUGUACAUGUUGCAGGGCAGGAUUUGGUUCCGAAGAGCAAAGACUACUGCAGACACCUAACUUGGUGGUUCUCCUGACUUCUUAUCUCCUGAAAUGCUCUACUGUUGGUGUGUUUGUUUGUUUUUUCCAUUUUGUGGAAGUUUUUCAUCCAAACUUCCUUUAACUUACUUGGCAAAGAACAAAAUAACUUACUGAAAUUGGGAAACUUUUCCCUUCUUUUGUUUUCUGAAGGAACUCUACUAGACUGUUUUCCAUUGGUUAUAGAUCACCGAAAGAGGUGUGAUGAGAAGAGUCUGAGGUUAGCUACAGACUUUCACCAGACGGCUUAUCAAUUCCUCUAACCCUGACGCUCUCCUUGGUUCUCUGACUAGAGAAGGCACUCAUUAGCCGGGCAUGGGAUCUGUAGAACCUCUGAAAGACUUUGAGCAGGAACUUUGCACACACCUCAAGUGUCUCCUUGGUUUGUUAGUGAUGCUCCUGCUAGGUAGGUCUAAAUGGCAAUACACGUCUCUGUUCAUUGUAGAAGGCGAUUAGCUUCCGUAAUUGUUUUCAGGGUAUUUCUAGACGAUGUAAAUGAGCCCAUGAAAAGGAAGUGUUUAUGGAAGUAGAUGAAGAGGAAUGAGGGUAACUUGGAAAUUAGAUUUCCCUUUUUGUCAGUGUUCUGUUAUUAUAGUAUCUGUAUCCAAAAAGUUCCCAAAAGACUGGAUCACUGCAGUGCAGCUCAUCUGAGCUCCCUUCUUAUUGGAGUGAAAGGUUCCCAUCUGGUGUUUGUGGGUGCUUGCAUACAUCUCCAGUGGUCCUAUGACUGCACUUUUUCCCCGUUUCGAGCUGGGGGCUGAGAGAGAGCUUACAGGUAAUUUUUCUUCUGCAUGCUCUGCUUAUAUCCACAAGGGAGCUUGGAUUCUGUGUAUUUGUCUCUUCACAAUGUUGGGAAAGGCAGUGAUUCAGACACAAUGUGCAUUUUUGUUUGUGAUCAUCCAAGUGGGAGACAGGCAUAUUAAUAUUAAAAGACCAGAAAUGUUUUAGUUCCCUUGUUAAUUUUUCUUCUAUUCCUUCUGUCUUCCCAUUUUAUUUCACAAAGUAUUUAAUUAACUACCCUUCACCUUCCUAAAAUCCCUCCAAAAUCAAUGAACUGCAAGCAGGGAAACUAACAAAUGUCCAUCCACCGUUUUUGUGUGUGGUAUGUUUUUUUUAAUGUUGUUUUUUUGACUAAGCUUGAACCAAAGUCAGUUUUUAGCAAGCUGCUGUACUAAUGGACUAGUUUAUAUCGUGCAGUUCAGACACAUUGAGGAGAUAGAUGCUACUGACAAUUUCUUUUUUCAUUUGUCUUUAUUAAUUUUAUAUAAAAGUUGCUGCUUGUUUUAACCUUUUGUGUUGGUAAGUUGUAAUAUCCUCUGGGCAGACAUUAACUUGAUUUUUUAAGUAGUUUAUUUAGUUUGGUGUGUAAAUAGAAUGGCAGUGUCAGUUACUAAUUUUUCUCCUCUUCAUCCCACUAUUUCUCUGAUGUAGUUGAAUUUAAUCUUUUAUCCUGAUUUGACAUCUCUAAUUUUAGUCUGUGCAAAUGAUUUUAGGGCUGUCAGUAAUACUGUAGCUGCCCGUAAUGAUGAGUCCCUCCCUUGGGAGUGGUAAGUUAGGAGGAAGGAUUCAGGGAGGGAAGUGCUGAUACCCACCAUACUGGAUUAGAGGUUGUGGCAUUAAUUUCCCAAAAUCGCUACCAAAGGAAGUGUUGAAACCCAAGGGACUCAAGCCCAAUGGAUUAAGAGGAAGAGCAAGGAAAGGCUGUGUUUGUUUGUUCUCCUGUGUGGUUCACAAAUGCUCCCUCUCCCAAAUAAGAUUCACCAAGAGACUUCGAUAUUAAAAAAGAAGAUACUAAGCUUUAAAUGUCAGUACAAUGGUCUUCUCUUCCCUGCCCUGUCUAUAUUCUCGAGUUAAUUCGGGAUAGGGGGAUUCUGCCUCUGUGUAUGUGGGGUUGUGGAUCACUUUAUGAAGAUAAAAUUUAAACCAGCAUAAAAACCUGUGUUUAAAAGAAGAAAUAAAUCCUUAGACAAAGGUUAACUUUUAGAAUUUUUCUGUUUUUUUCUCUUAUUUAAAAACAAGUUGUGAAAUGAAAGGUACAUUUACACAUGUACACAUGAAACACUAAAACGGCUUGUUGAUGGGUGUUUAACUUAAAAUUGACUCCCCAUCAUCAUCAUCCCUAGAUAGUCUACUGAUCAUAUUGUGUCAUGACUCAGCCUUUAGUCCUUUUUUACUUUAUAUCAUCUUUUUUAUCAUCUCAAGAAAUGCUUUUUGAAUUGAAUGAAUCUCCUAAGCUAAGGUACUCAGACUUAACUUUUAGUCACCUUAUAUGGGAGAGUCUGGAAAUUAAGAGGGACCAUUUGACCAAAAAGAGAUGUUAGAGAUGUUUGGUAGCGUUUCUGCAUUUCUAAGAGGGAGGGCCAGAUAGGUCAUCACAGUUAAUUGUGUCAUUCUUCUUUUUUUCCCCUUAAUGUUUAUGCAAGUUUUAUUUUAUCCCUGAAUUUGGUUAACACAUAUUAAGCCAAAGACUAACUCUAAAUGCAUUUAUAGCGAUACUAUAUUUGCCCAUGGUAAUGGGCCCUCCCUAGGGAGUGGUGAAUGUAAUUGUUUGAAUCCUGCUUAUCACAGCGGGGCAAUUUGGUUGUGAACUUUAUUUGUACCCUGUAUAAAUCUAAAGGACAGCAGAAAGACCUGGAAAAGGGCUUCUCAGAGGAACAGUAGUAUUGUUCCUGAUUUAAGAAAUAUGUUGAGUGCUAUGUUAGUUUAAAUGUUUCUGAAGUUACAUAGGCAGCUUUUUAGAAUUAAAAAAAUUGUUCCUGUCCAUUCAUUACCUGAUAUAAAACACACUUGCUUUUAUUUAUUUGGUAAGAAAGAUCAAUACCAUCCUAAUUUACUCAGCUUAUUAUUGAGGAAUGGAACCAAAGGAAUCCAACUUUCGUUUUGUGUAGGACCAUACUGAUUUGUACUUCAUGGUAGCAUCAUUAGAAAUUAGCGUUUUUUUACAAGGGCAAAUAAUAUUAAUUAAAAGAUUUUUAGUGAGAUUAUCUUGCCAGUUUGUUCUACACAGUUCAUUCAUUGUUGGGGAGAAAAGCACAAUUGUACCUCUUUUUUACAUUAUUUUGUUCUAUUAUCCCUCAUUUAUUUGGGAAGGUGGGAGGAAACCUUGUCUAUUUCAGAAGCACAGAUACUUGCUUGACACAAUAUUUAAGUUCAGCCCAAUCUUUAUCAUUAAAUUUUCUAUUUAAAAAUUGCUGGGAGAGCUGGAUACAUUUGAAAAUGUAGGAAAUUAAUGUAGAUUUUUAAAGUUGUAAAUCCUGUUAGUCAACAUUGCAGUUAGUGUAUAAUAAACACUUGGCUUACAAAAGAAGCUCUUUGUUGUUCAUAGUCUAAAGUUGUUCCCAAACCAUGUCAUCCUCACAAAACUUUCUUUACCAAGAAAAAAGUGAAAUCGUUACGGUAGGAAGAAAAGAGAGAGAGUGGACACAGGGAGCAGUCAGCAAGCCCUGAGCGUCAGGGCUGCCCGUGAGCGCACGGCGCGGGGCGGCGCCUGGUUCACACUUCCUGCCGGCAGUCUGCUGUGGCCUUGGACCCACAGGGGCCCCCCAAAAGUCAGUCUGCGAUCUGAGAACCCUCCGUUAAGGGGCCUCAACAAUUAAUUAUGAGAGUUGGUCCAAUACUUUCUCUUUAAUCGGCAUGUAAAAUUGAUGAAUUUAAAGUUUAUUCGUUCAGACCGUGUUUAUUGGAGCUGAAAAUGUUAAAAAGACCAUCAAUACUAAUGGAGAAAAAGACUCAAAACUUGACAUUUAAAAUUACUCAAACGGGCAAGAAUUGAUGGAUUCAUUUGAUCAUAACCAUUAUGAGUUCAUUUUUGUAUGUGUGUGUGAAAAGCAUUUAGUUUAAUCACAGCCCUGGCCAUCUACUUGCAUAGAUGGUGCACACAGUACAAAUGUGAACUUGGACAGAAAUAGGAUAAGUAAACUGCUUUCAUCAUUAAAGGCUGAUACUAAUCCUGUUCUGCCUCAUUCUUUUCUUCAUCUAAAGAGAGUCAAUGGGACACGCCUGAAAUUUUCAGUAAGGUAUUUGAAAGGAUUCCAUCCAAAGGGCAGGGAAUAUGUGUUUUCUCAGAGUUGUCAGGUUUACACCCAGAUUUCCAUAUGAUUUGUGAAGUUGCUUUCUUCUGACCAUCCUUACUCAUGAAGCAGUUCCAUGUGUGGGCUCUUCUACUCUCAGCCUUUGCUCCAAGCAGCAAACCUUAGCAGCUCUUACGUUGAUUCUGUAAUCUGGAUCUCCUUUCCUCUCUUCCUUCUCUUCCUUUUCUCUUUCAAUGGUGAUACCUUAAUCUGGGAGGUAAUGCUCGUGGGUAACAGCUAGCUUCUGGCCCCUCCAUAAAAUACCUCAGCAUAGUUUAGCAUUGUUACAGAACUGGUUUUAAACUAAAAACCAAAUAAAUAAGUAAAAAGAAAAAACUUUAUAAAUAGUGGAAAUAAUUCUAGCUGUAGCAUUUAGUCGAACUGAUGUUUAUUAUGAUUGAUAAACAUGAUUGAUGCUGUAUGUAUUGGGGAUCCUGUUUAUAGGUUACAGUUUAUAGGGUUAGGGAGGGUGGGUGGGGAGAGAAGAAGGUGAUUAUGUUAGAAGGAAAAUGUUGCAUUGCUCGUGUGUGUGUUCGCUUUUCCUUAUCUGUGUCUUGCCAAAGGAAACUUGAUCAUCCCUGUGUUUGGGUUUGGGAUCCGUCAGCCUCUCUGCGGUCUGGCCUGCAGUGCAGUGUGCGGUGGCGUGCAGGUUACACGUGGGUUGUCCAGUUCAGGGUCCUCGAAGGCAUUUACAUCCCUUCCUGUGGCUGCCCAGGCCCCCCAUACCCCGCCAGCCUCUCCUGAUGAUUCAUUACCUCUGUACGUAGCAAGAGCUUAGGAGAAGGAUGAAUGUGUGAAUGUCGGGGUGUGUGGUUGAGCAAUAGAGGCAGAAGUAGAGAAGCACCAUUUAAUUUGGAGAGGAAAGGAGAAAUGAAUGAUUGAUGCAUCUUAAUCUAAGAAAAUUAAGCAGGUUUUUUGGUUUUUUGUCGCCCUCUGUCAUGUUACUGAAUGUUGUGCUAGUAGCAUAACAGUUUAAAACCUCACUUCCUUCUCUCAUACGAAGGCUAAUUUUGUCUCGACCAAAAAUGCGAACAGAAGGAAACCAGAUCAAGAAGUUGAAAGCCAACCUGCUCGCCUCUUACCUGUGAUAUGGUGUGACCUUUAGGGAUGGGUUAGUUAGUGAGAUUGAGAAGAGUAUUGUUCUUAGUGGGGAUGUGAAUGAGAAAUGAUGCUGGUUUAGGAACAGUUAAGAGUCCUUUCUGGCCAUACUCUGGGACAAACUUUCUUGGCUCCCUGAGUUCAGAUAUAGACUCUAUGUCCAGAAAGGCUAUUUUUUAAUAAGUGAUCCAUCUCACAGAACCUAAGUGGGGUUCGGUUUGGAUACCAAAGACACUGCAUUGUUUAUCCUUACGUUUUCAACACAGGCAGAGGGAAUAGGAACAAAAAGCUGAAAUUUGGAAAAGCUUUACCUUUGUCUCUUUCCUUUUCCUCUCCCCUCCCCAUCCCCACUUUUUGAAGGAAGUCUUAUUGGUCAUCCUGGCUUUGGAAAAGAGAUUUAUUUAGUUUCACUCUGCUGGCUCUGUAAAAAUGGAUAGAGUUGCUAAGUGUGGCAGUGAUAUUCUUGGAACUGCUGGGAAAUUUAGGGGGGGUGGCAAAAGAUGGGGGUAGAAUUCUUUUCUUAUUUCCCUUUAUCUAACACUUAUAAAGAGAACCAGUACAGCCUGUUUGAGUUCAGACGAUAUUUAGUUGUUCUGUCACUUGUGAAGGAUAAGCAUUUUCAAGAGCAAGAUUACAUGGAAAUCCAAAAGGCCUUCCUUUAUUCUUCCACAGAGCUGUAUUGUUCCGGAAUGUUUUCACAUAUGGGCUCUGGGGAAUUGAGUAGUUCACUGUUUUGGUGUACUAUUGACGAGACACGGAAAAGAGGGGAGGGAUAAGAAAUUUAUUGCUCUCGACAGAAAACGAUCAGGUUGCAGAACUUCAUGACAGCUUUACUAAUAAUCUUAUUGUUCUGAUGUUAUAUAAAAGUGGUAUUAAUAUUGUGUGACUUUUCAAAGCACUAGGUAGGUCAGGAAGCAGGUAUCAAGGCUAUUGAAGAUAAGAGCACUUGAAACAACAGUUGAGGGAAGACAAGGCAUACAUGAUGGACCGCCACUGCACCCGGAAGUGAAGCUCCCACGGUGGGCAGGGCAGGGCCAGUGCCCUUUAUGAUUCUUUCUGCAUCCCUGAAUCAGCCCACUCCUCACAGGGCCGUGCCACCCAGUGCCACCUUCCGGUUCAAACCCAGGACACUGUCAGAAAGUUCAGACCCCAAAACUAAUUUACUGUAAAAAAAAAAAAAAAAUAUAUUGAGGUCUGCUGCAAAGUUCCCCCGAAUUUUCUUUGUUUACUUGUUCAUCGUUGUUUUCAUGGAGUCAGCCACAACCUCACAAAAGCAGCUUAAGGCUUCUUUCGUAACUUGGCAGUGGCAUUGAGCUCUCUCACAUGAUGUCCCAAAGUCUGCAGGCAGACAGUUGGGUACAGUGCUGUUUCCAAAAUUAGACAUCCAAACACUUCUUUAAAAUUGGGAUCUCCUUCGAAUGGAAAAGGACAGAGCCAAGGAGAGAGAAGACUCUGUACUCCUACCCAGUCCCUCAGCGUCUCUAAGUCUGAGCAAUAGAGCAGGAAAGGGAAAGCACUUUCAGAAGCUGGAAAGACAGUCCUGUUAGGAAAGGCUGUAGUUGUAGGCAGGUGGGGUGCCUCGUCUUUGGUUCUGAUCCUGCGUGGGUCUGCGGAAGGCACGUACUGUAUGAGAGUAGAGUGGACUAGCCUGGUUGCGUGUAAAACUGCAAACAGUUGGGAGGGGGGAAAGGAGAGAACCAAAGACGUUGCAACUGUAUUAUAACAUUGGCUUUUGACAGCGUAAAUGGUGUGUCGUGUCUCCCCUGAGUGCGGGCAAAGUGGAGAUGCAGACUUCUUCCGGCUUCUUACCUCUGCUCGCGGGGCCUGUGUGCAUUACUCAGUCCACAGGAGGUGUCACUCCGAGGAAAUGCCCUCCCCCACGUUAGACCGUAGUUCAGUCCCUGCAGCUGUGGUGGUGGUGGCAGAGGCGAGGUGAAUAAGCGUGGGGUUUUCCGCCCACCACGAGUCCAGGAGUUGUUGUAUACCUCAUUUCUAACUCGUGACUGAGUAACUUGCUUUAAAACUUUCUCUAAACCCUACAGAGUUGCCAAGUCUGCCCUCCCUCCUCUGAGUAAUGUUGAACUCUGGCCUAUAGCAUCACGGGACCUGUAGCCUAGGGUGGGACCUCCCAAAGCCUCUGAAUGUCGCUGCUUUAAAAGCUACUGCAAACUGAGGGCAAAUUGCAAUCUUCUCCUUCUUUGUGUUGCAGGGGGUCUUCCCAGGUCUCUUAACAUCUGUUCCUUGCCACCCUGCUCUUAGGGGCUGGCCAGCCGGCCACACCCCGACCCCACCCCCCAUCUCUGACUGCUGGCCACACCUCCCCUCCAGUACUUGCCUUCUCCCUGGUGCGGGGAGGCCAUCCCCUUCCCCUGUGAGGCCUCAGGGUUCUGCUUAUUUUCAGGACUUUGGGUGGAAGGGAAGACACCAAAGGCUCCUUUAAGCUGACUGCUGCAUACACAUUUCACUUUUUUUCCUUUGACAUGACCAAAAAAAAAUCCAAAUAUUUAAGUUUUUAUUGUUAUUAAUAUUAUUAUUAUUUGACAAUCUUAUAUCCAAUGGGCUGUCUAGAAGCUGCAACCCCAGCCCUUCACCUUUUCUUUGAAUGUAGUUCCCAACCUUCAAUUCCCACCCCCAAUGUCGAAAAAAAGAGCUUUGCCAGGUCUUACUACUGCUGCUAUAAGCCAGGGGAGGGUGGUUUCUUUGUUUUGUUUUGUUUUGUUUUUUAAAUUUCCAGCCAAAACCAAAGAUUUUUUAAUGAUUGUAUAAACUCAAAACAAACAAAAAAACCAAAGAAAAGGGAAGUCUUCAGCGUCAAUCCAGUCUGUGGCGUCCUGGUGUUUAGAGGAGCGAGGCCCGGGGCAGGGAAGGGGGGGCCCCUGACUGCACUGAAAGGGCAGGGAGUCUGUUUCCAGUGUUCCAGGGUGUGCAGAGGCACAUGCUUGGUAGCUUUGGCUCCUGCCAACCUGUGAACGUGCCAUGGAACGAACUGGCAUUUCAGAUUUUCCAAAACGGUAGGCAGAAGCCCAUCACCACGAUAGUCCUCCCUACGACAGCCAUGGUCACUGCAGGGGCUUAGCGCAGGGACGGGGAGCCCGGGCUGCUGCUGGGCGCCUUGGACUCCACAGAGUGGGGGAAGUUGAAGACACUGGUGCAGGAUUGGCUGCUCUGCCGGGUGCUUUAACCUCUGGGGCCAUGCCCGUGAAUACUCGCCAAGGUGCCCUUCUGAGCCUUUUCUCUCUUUUCCUUUACUGGAACUGCUUGGAAGUGGCUGUCCUGUUUGUGAGAAAACACGCAGAAGGAUUAUCAAGCUUUUUCAUUUCUUCUUACAGUAGUUUGUUUCCUUUUUGCAGCACCACUGUGCAACUAUGCAUUGUAUUUCACAACCUUUUGUGCUAGGUAGAUGCCUGUGACUUUUUAACUUGGGGGGUGGUGGGUGCAAAUGAAGGAACUUUUUACACGGAUCUUUUUAAUCUCAGUUGAUUAGGGGAGGGGGGGGAUUUGGUUCUAGGGUCAUACAAGCUCUAUCCCAAAGCAAAAUCCAAAUGUUAAUAAUAUUAGCCUGAUGCAGAUACCAAAGAUAAUUUCUUUCCUGCAGAACCUUAGACUUGUGUAUUAAGUACGAUUACCCAGCACUUGCAUUAGUCUAACCUCAGUAAUUCCAAAGCUUAGAUGUAUAUUUUGGUAUAUUUCUGGGAUAUUAAAAAAAAAUGUCGUUUAACUUCUUGUUUGUUUCAGUGUAAUGCUCUUAAAGUCAUAGCAUGAAGAUAACUGAACUGUCCUAUUCUUAGUAGUUUGAAAUAAUAGUAUUUUUGUAUGUUUUGGGUGUGUCUAUGUAUGUAGUAACAUAACAGUUUUCACUGCCUAGGUGUUCAUAAUAAAAAAGAAAACAAAAAAGUUCUGAGUGUACAUAAUAUUCAGUAAUAAGCUUCCACCGGGGUCAAUUUGGAUUGAAUAUUUACUGAUUUAUCGGUCCCAACUGGGAUUUUGUUUUGUUUUAAAGAGACAGUGGUUGUUUUGGGUUUUUUUCUAAAGCUGUUUUCUUUCUCUCUGUCUUUAAAUAUCUUAACUCCCCCCACCUUUUUCUUUUCUUCCUUUUUUUUUUUAAAUAUUGAUUCAGGGGUGUUUUUCCACUGUUGUCAAGGGAGGGACACAAGGGGGAAUUGACCCCUUGGCCUCCCAAAACUUUUUGUUUUAUGUACUUAACUUUAAAAUGUGAGUUUGAGUUCUCUUUUGUGGAAACUUAAGAUGUGGUGUAAAUGAUUCUUUCCAAAAUUGUCCAGCAGCUUUAAUGAGGCAGUGACAAUUCCUAAGUAGUUUAUUGGGAGUCCUUUUACAUUUCUCCUUAGAUAACUCUGCAAUCUGGGUGGCUAUUGUAUAGCCUCACUGUCCCAGACGCCUGGUUAGCCAUUUCCCCUCGGAUAGGAACAUGCUACAAGAGUCAACCCAUAACUUGGGAGUCUGGGGCCUCGUUACCUGGGCCCCCGGGAGACACACGUUUUCUUGGUUUUGAAAACCCGAAACACAAGCAAUUUACAUUUGGGGGAAUUAGCUGAUACCUCCUGAGGCCUGAGGAGGUGGUGGGGAAUAUGAGUGGUGCUGUCUCUUUAAAAGUGCCCUUUAUAUGAUUCCCCCUCCUGGGGCUGCCUGCAGGGGGCUGUAGGCUUGGGAGAGGUUGUGUAGGUGACAGUGAAUCAGAAUGAAAAUGGUAGAUUUUGUGUAGAUGCAUUUGUCUGCUGUAAUUUUUUAUAUAUAUUAAACUUACUGUAAUUGUACAGUUCAUUUCUGUUGUAAAACAUCAUUAAACCAUCUUCCAAGUGUUUUCACA